AGUAUCCAAGGUGGUCUUAUUUGUUUCUGCGUUAGUAUUUGGAUCUCUCUCUCUCUCUCUCUCUCUCUCUAGAUUCUUCUUGUGUUGUCUGAUUCGCUCGCCGGAGCUUGAUCGCCGGUAAACCAUGGACGACGAAUUCGAGUUCGCCGAUCACUCUCCUCCGUCGUUCCAAAACAUGGGGAAUGUGGUCAAGGAUGUUGAGACUAAAGGAUUCAACCCAGGGUUGAUAGUGCUACUGGUUAUUGGAGGGAUAGUUCUGACAUUCCUAAUUGGAAAUUAUGUUCUCUACAUGUAUGCUCAGAAGACACUUCCCCCAAAAAAGAAGAAGCCAGUCUCCAAGAAGAAGAUGAAGAGGGAAAGACUUAGGCAGGGUGUCUCUGCACCAGGAGAGUGAAUUGAAUUUUAAUAAGUGUUACCUGUCCGUUAGUUCAUGCUGAACUUGAACUCUUGUGGUCGAAGUUUUCCAUGUGUUUCGUGUCAAGAGAGUUUCGUUGUUUCUCUUUUUAGCUUUGACAGUUAGAAAUCUUAACUUGAAAGUUCAAAGUCAGUGCUAUAUUUGGACAGAAUACUUGCCUUCAAAAUGCACCUUGUCUUUUCAA